AACGCCCACACCCCAAGCUUGGUGAGUGUGAAGUGGGCAGGCCUAGAUCGCUGUACCGAGCUACUGGAGCGCGCUUCGCGCUCGCCAGCGCUGGCAUAUAUACGAAUCGCGCUUGAGGACCUCCUGACCACCGCAUAUACUGUAAAUGCUCUCUCGGCAUCCACUGCAGCAGAGCAAGAGAGAGGAGGCCCGCCAUGCCUCGCCCACAGCAGGUGACCCGAGGUCCCAUGAACGCUUUGCACAAGGCCGCUUGGGACGGCUCCGUUGAGAUGACAGGCGCGAUUCUUUCCAGCAGGGGAGCACCCGACAUCGACCUGGGCAAUCCCAGCGCCGCAACCGCUCUCAUGAUAGCGACGGUCAAGGGCUACGCGGGUGUUGUCAACGCUCUGUUGAGCAAAGGGGCGAACGUAUCACUCGCGGAUCCUAGCGGCUAUUCGGCUAUACACAUCUCGGCCCAGGGUGGGAAGCUGUCCAUAACCAAGAUGUUCAUCGAGACCGGCGCGUGCGUCGACGCUACCACCCGCGCCGGCAAUACGCCUCUUCAUCUGGCCGCCAAUGAAGGGCACACGGAGGUGGUCCGAGCGCUGGUCGACGCCGGCGCGAAGGUUGACUGCCGCAUGCCCGACGGAGCGACGCCGAUGUACCUCGCGGCCGAGAGCGGACACGCGGCCACCAUCGGGGUCCUCCUGCGCGCGAAGGCGAACCCACUCUUGUGCUCGCACACGCCGAUGGGGGUAUCCUACGUCCCGUUGGAAAUGGCGGCGCUACACGGGAACCCGGACGUAGCGCGGGAGAUGAUACGACAGGUCGGCAUCCGGGGUUGUGGCGGUCCAAGCGGCGGCGUAGAAGCCCUCCGUCAGGCUGCUGACGAGGAGCAUCUCGAGUUCAUGGCCGUGUUGUUGGACGCCGGCGGGGUCGUCGACACAGGCCCGGCCCUGAUUCUUGCGGCGGAGAACGGUCGGGCCGUUGCGGUCAAGUUCCUCUUGCGGCGGCGCCAGGCUGACGCCGACGCGUACGUGAACGGUACCAGGGACCCUUACGGCCGAACGCCGGUGAUGUGCGCCGUCGACGUCGGCGCCGGCCGGCUCUGCUCGCCCAAGAUCGUGAGGCUGCUGGUUGAUGCCGGAGCGAACACGACGCGGGCCGUCGGAGUCACGAGGAUUACCCCUCGGUGGGAAAAGACCAGCGAGACACCGCUGGCUUUCACGACCCGCUUGUUGCGGGAGGGGAGAGUCGACGGCGAAGCCGCUACCAAGGAGCAGCUGCAGAGGCUGAAGGACACUCGCUGCCUGCUUUCGCGGGCGGAGGCCGUUCACGCAGUCUCUUGGUUGUGGGCCAGCGGUGAGCCCCCCCGCAUCGCCCAAGCGGCAGGGGACACAAAGACCGAGACGGCUUCAACGGCGGUGGCAACACCGCUGCGGGCCAUGUCCCCGAUGCUGAGACGAAAGCCUGGGACGCGUGGUGUUCUGUUGAAGACCCUGUUUAGGUACUCGCGGAAAGUUUGACUGCUGUGGCUUGGCCCUGGUGGUUUCUCCGGCCUGUAGCUUCCCCCCGCUCGAGUGGAGUUACCCAUGGUGCACGCCAGAGGCAGCAGAAGCAUCAGCGUGACGCUUGCUUUUCACGGGAAGGGAACGCCUCUUGUGCUUGGAUAACGGGCGGCACCUAUAUUAGUACGAAUUAAAUACCUUCGAGUGCGCGCCCAUCACACCAUAAGAACCCGGUGCUGUCGAUGUGCGUUACCAAUAAGCUAUUUCAUAUUUGUGGGUGUCGGCGUUACCACCAAUAUACAGUGUAUAGACUUAUUGUUUGUGGGUCUAUGGGUAGUAUUACGAGCAACCUUGAAGCUCCGGUUGAGAUGCCCUUGGCGUUGGUGGUUCCGGAGGAUUGCUCGUGGUGAAUGAGGUGAGUUAUCUGGGUUUUUUCUGCGGGUCGAAAGCAGCGUGGAGCUGUCUGUCCUUGCUGGCGUUUUUUUUCACAGGAGUCGCCAGUGUGGUUCGAGUAGUAAAGUGUGCCGCAAGGUUCGUUGUGUGUAGCAACGAGAAUCGGUGACUAAAACGAGGGAUGGUGCGAGGUUCAGGAUAUCUCUCGGAGUGCGUAUGUGCGCAACGUUCGGCAAUACGCUUGUUUAAGCAGCUUGUUUGUGAUGUUUGUGUUCCCCCCCGCUCGUGACUUCGAUUUGGUACAAAAUGCGUUGGAUAUUCGGCGCAUUCCUGCCGAGAGAAGUUUAGUUUGUAGGAGCAACGUGAGCAAAAUGUAUGUUUUGAACGCAUUAUUGC